UACCAAACCUGGAAUCAGAGGGAUAUGAAAGCCCCACAGAAAGAGAUGCUGCAGGUGACGGAGAAAUCAGGAAGAGAGGCGCUGUGGGCUACGCCUCCCAGAAGCCCUGGCUGUUGAAUUCCACCGUGGUGGAGAACAUCACCUUCGAGAUGCCCAUGAUCAAACCUAGGUUUAAUGCUGUGAUCGAGGCCUGCUCCCUCCAGCCUGACAUUGACAUCCUUCCACAGGGGGAGCUGACAGAGAUCGGGGAGCGGGGUAUCAUCCUGUCAGGGGGACAGAGACAGCGUAUCAGCGUAGCUAGAGCUUUGUACCAACAGACCAACGUGGUCUUCCUGGAUGACCCAUUCUCUGCCUUAGACAUCCACCUGAGUGACCAUCUGAUGCAGAAGGGCAUCCUCAAGCUCCUUCGAGAGGAGAACAGGACGGUGGUGUUGGUCACUCACAAACUUCAGUAUCUCCCACACGCAGACUGGAUCAUUGCCAUGAAGGAUGGCACUAUCCAGGCUGAAGGGACUCUGAAAGACAUCCAGAACUCCCAGCCCGACCUCUUUGAGCAGUGGAAAACCCUGAUGAACAGAAAGGACCAGGAGUUUGAGUCGGAGACAGAGGCAGCGAGUAUGACAGAUAUGGAGAGGAAGAACCUGAGGAGGGCCAUGUACUCCAGAGAUGCUGCCAGGACUGAAGAGGACGAGGAAGAGGAGUCCUUGGAGGAGAGCGACGAUGAAGACAUCAUGUCCCAGGCGAUGCGUCACCGCGCCACCAUCCCCUGGCGCUCCUGCGGCACCUACCUGUCCUCCGCCGGGGUCGUCCUGCUCACCCUGCUCCUCCUGUUCCAGCUCCUCAAACACACCCUCAUGGUCGCCAUCGACUACUGGCUGUUCCACUGGACGUCACACGUCAUCGCCGCCAAGACCUUAGCAACAGCUCGUAACUGCACCGACGUUCAGUUGAGUGGAGCUGACCUGAAACACUGCCAGCUCCAGAUGAAGCGUUUGCUAACGCAGCCUGAAGCAGCUGCAGCUCAGACUCAUCUGCAUGCUAGAGAAACAAGAAUGCAUUGA